GAGAGAGAGAGAGAGAGAGAGAGAGAGCAGUCAGUAAGCAGAGAGACUGGAUGUGUGAAGCUGAACACUAGCUCUAGACUCUCGGAGGUGAAACUUUGUGCAAGUGCUGAACACAAUCACUAUGGGACCCAGUUCCUGGAGCCUUUGUGUCCUCUUCUGUGCCUGGACAUUGGGACAAAGUAUGGGCCUGUCUCGGAGACGGAGGGCCUGGGAAGAAAAGGGAGAAGAUGGUCCCAAAAAGUGCUCAUACACCUUUCUGGUCCCUGAGCAGAAGAUCACAGGUCCUAUCUGUGCAAGUCGUGGACCUUCAAUUCCAGACAAAGAUCGUGUCAACAGGAUGGACAUAGCAGAUGUCCGUGAGCUAAUGUCCAAGCAAAGACGUGAGAUAGAUACUCUGCGGCUGGUCGUGGAUGUGGAUGGCAACAUGGUGAAUGAGAUGAAAUUGCUGCGGAAGGAGUCUCGUAACAUGAAUUCCCGCGUUACACAGCUCUACAUGCAGCUUCUGCAUGAGAUAAUUCGCAAACGGGACAAUUCUCUGGAGCUUGCACAACUUGAAGGCCGCAUUCUCAAUGCCACAGCAGAGGCACUGCGACUUUCAGCACGAUACAGGGAUCUUGAGGCCAGAUUCUCGACUCUUGCUGCUGUGGUCAAUAAUCAGUCUGUUCUGAUUGGUGCUCUGGAAGAGCGGUGUCUACAGGUGUAUGGAAACCGCAGGCAGGAGCCACUUCCCCCACCGCUUGUUCAGGUGGUUCCAGAAAACAUUCCAGUGCAUGUACCCCGUUUUUCGAAUGAGAUCCAGAGGGUCCACAGUCGGGCUUUCCACAGGGACAGGGGAUCCAGAGCAGGACCAGAACCCACUGAAAGUACCCUGGAACUCAAACGAACACUAUCUGGGAACUUUAGCUCUGAAGGUCCUUUCCGCGACUGCCUUCAUGCUAUGCAGGCCGGACAUUCCGCCAGUGGGAUGUACCUUCUUAAACCAGAUGGGAGUGACAGGCCGUUUCAAGCGUGGUGUGAACAAGAUGUGGACAAUGGAGGCUGGACCAUCAUCCAGAGACGGAAAGAUGGAUCUGUUAAUUUUUUCAGAAACUGGGAGAGUUAUAAGCAAGGUUUUGGCAAUAUAGACAGCGAACACUGGCUUGGUCUGGAGAAUAUAUACCACUUAGGAAAACAGGGAGAUUACAAACUGUUGGUGGAGCUUCAGGACUGGAUGGAAAAGAAAGUGUAUGCAGCCUACAGCAGCUUCCAUCUGGAGCCUGAGAGUGAAUCCUACCGCCUGCGUCUGGGCGUUUACCAGGGCAAUGCUGGGGAUUCUUUAACUAGCCAUAAUGGCAAACAGUUCACCACGCUGGAUCGAGACAAGGAUGCCUUCUCAGGAAACUGUGCUCACUUCCAUAAAGGUGGCUGGUGGUACAAUGCAUGUGGUCAGGCCAACCUUAAUGGCGUGUGGUACUCUGGUGGUGUGUAUCGCAACAAGUUCCAAGAUGGCAUCUUCUGGGCGGACUACGGAGGAGGCUUCUACUCCAUGAAAGCCAUACGCAUGAUGAUCAGACCUAUUGACUGAAACAGAAACAAAACUAUAAUCUGAAUCCCCAAUCUUUGUGCAUACGCAGUGGCAAAACUGCAAAUCCAAAACCUUUGGAAUAGCUGGGAUAAAACUCGAUUUCUCUUUCAAGUAACUAAAAUGGCCAAUUCUAUCAGCUUUACAAGCCCAGACCUUUGGGACUUCCCUGGCACACAAGGCAUUUAUGCACAUUGCAUAAUGAUUAGAGAUUAUACAUGAGGUUUCUUUGGUUGUAUUUCUUCAUGAGGGAUGUUGUUAAAAUGCCAUCGUGCUUAGCUUAGAACUUAUUAGCUUUUUUUUCUUCCACUUUUCCUGUUCGGGGUUGUGCUUACAACAGGCUAAGAAGGUCAGCCCAGAUUUUUAAAUUAAAACACAUUUUACUUGUAUGUCACUUUAAACAGUAUAUAUCUUUAGUUAUACUGUAGGUUAUUUUUUUGGCCACAUAUUCCAGGUCCUGCACAGUGUUCUACAGAUGUUCCCUUCCAACUGUGAAAAAAUCCUUUCAAUCCUUUGGGAUUUGCCCAGAGGUUUCGGUCCAGUGGAACAUGCCUUUUACAAGUCUAGCAUGAGCCUUAAUGCCAAACCUCAUGAACUGGCUCAUCAGAUCCUUUUCCCACUAGUCCAAAUUACCGGAGCCAGUUUCUAGUGCAAGGGGUAGACCAUCCAUCUGAACAUGUGGUUAGUCAGGUUGAACCGAAUCCUGGUAUAUUUUCCCCUUUGGUCAGUUCUUUAGGCAGGAAAGCUCACAUCAUUCACACUUUAUUGUUUUCCAAACCAACCAGUCUGGUAGGGUUUGAAAGGGGGGUGACCUCAGCCAAUAUGGUACAGCUGCAAUGAAAAAGCAGAUCGACAGUGAAUCAACCUUACUGCAGGAGGUAAAUCAAACAUGCUUUGAGUUUUGGAACAGAAUUGGACAUGACCCCCAUUCUUCAACUUCCAGGUGGUGCAUUUGCAAAAUCUAAAGAUUUAAAGAAACAGUGUGAACAAAGAAAUGUCAUAAAACCAAAUAGUUUUUUUUUUUUUUUGAUGAUAGUGUACUGUAGACUUUGAAUAAACUCCAGCUUUAGAUACAGAUUUAGAAAGUGCAAGAAUGUUUGUAUAAAAAAAGAAAAAUUCACAGAUCCAGAUCUGUGCUCAGCUUAGGUUACUCUAUUUCUGCUGAAUAGUGAUGAGCAGAAUCGCUUUCAGUGAUAAUGUGUAUAUAAGACACUUAAUGUUAGUUUUCACAUGGUUCUUCUCACAUUUAGCAAACCACCCUACUUUAUGACUUUUAGACUAUCAAGAUUUAUUCAGAUCCAAACAAACCCUGAUGAUGUAAGUGUACUGUGGGGAAAAAAACUCCAAAACAAAUCAAAUCCAGAGCUCAGUGUUUUGACCAUCUUAAAAAGGCUGCCUGAAAAAGAAAAGAAAGAAUUAUAGCCUAAUUUUGGUCGUUCACUGGUCGUGAUAUUUAAAAACAACCAAAAAAAAAAGGAAAACUGCAGACCUAGCAAAGGGCCUCCGAAGGGUAUGAGGACAGACAACGAGAACCAGAUUGCUCAAAACCCAAACAGAACUCAGAAAGAAAAUAAGGAAAGGGAGGAGAGAUGGUGUAAGUGGGGGAAGAAUGGUUAAAUAGGAAGUGAAAUCAAACUUUGCUCAAGGUUAUAAGGUUUUAAUUUUUUUUACUCUCCUCUAAAAUUCAAAGAAGUUCACAUUCUUUCCCGGAAAAAGCACAGGGAACGUGGUGUUUGAUCUCAGGAGUCGCAAAUCCCCGUGGGCGAUAAUCACAAGCAAAGGGAGAUUGCUUCAUGGACCGCAAGGACUUAAAGGAGCCUCAGAUGUCAACGUAGUUUGAAUGCUCCUUGUCUUCGAAAUAUUAUGCAUCCCUGACCUCGACCAGGCAGGCAGGAGUAUCAUAUUGCUAGAACCUUCGAUAGCGAAAAUAAAGUUCUCUUGGAAACUGA